AUGAUUUCUACUUGUUACUGCGUCUUUUUUUUGGCGAUGGUACCAAUUCUUUGCGGAGGCACAGCAGAGUGCCCCGAAUUGAAAUGCAAUCCGCAUGGACCACCCAUCAGAUUUCCUUUCCGUCUGAAAGGAAUCCACAAGCCUGAAUGUGGCUAUUCUGGUUUUGAUGUUUCCUGCACCACCACAAAACAAUUAGUUCUUGAAUUGCCAGUUUCAGUGAAGCUCUUCAUCUCCAACAUUGAUUACAAAUCACAAAACCUCCGCGUAUAUGAUCCUACUAGCUGCCUCUCAAAGCUUCUUAGAAAUCUUAAUUUAUCCGCCUCUCCAUUUGAGUUCGGGUAUUCAUUUGACUACUUAUCUAACUUUGCAGUAUUCAAUUGUUCCAGAAAAGAAUUUUUUUCCUGGUCAAAAGAAUAUGAGUUGUCGUCCUGCCUCAAUAAUUCCCCUGACUACGGCAUUAUUACUUCCGAUUCUGAUAUAUCAAUGAGCGAAUUUCCGUCCCUGAUAUCUUGCACCAAGCUUUUCAGUGUUUCUUCAGUCCCACGGGAUAUGCUCUUUCCAAAAAGAAAGAUUAUCUUAAGUUGGUUUUUACCCGAUUGCACGAGCUGUGAAGCACAAGAAAAAUUUUGCAGGUUGAAGAAAACUAGUUCGCGAUCUAAAACUGAAACUGAAACUGAGUGCUUAAACGAUCUCAUACAGCAUGAAGAUGUAUUAUCACUAGAGCUCGAGGUCUCAAGUGCACUCUUGGGUGCAAUUUUGCUUCUUGCAGGUGUAAUGGUGCUGUUCCGAUUUUAUAGAUUUGAUAAACCAGAAAGAGAGAAUCAAAAAAGAAUCAAAAUUUUUUUAGAAGAUUAUAAAGCACUCAAGCCCGCACGAUAUUCGUAUGCUGAUAUAAAGAGAAUUACAGAUGAAUUUACGGAGCAAUUGGGUCAAGGGACUUAUGGAAGUGUAUACAAAGGUAAAUUAUCCAAUGAAAUAUCAGUAGCUAUUAAGGUUCUUAACAAUUCAAUAGGAAAAGGGGAUGAGUUUAUCAAUGAAGUGGCUACCAUGGGUACAAUCCACCAUGUUAAUAUAGUUCGGUUGGUUGGUUAUUGCGCUGAUGGAUUUAGACGGGCUCUAGUUUACGAGUAUUUACCGAAGAACUCGCUCCAGAAAUACAUUUCUUCAGCAGCAGACACAAGGACUCAUUUUCUUGGUUGGAAAAAGCUGCAAGAUAUUGCUGUCGGCGUGGCAAAAGGAAUAGAGUAUCUUCAUCAGGGCUGCGAUCAGAGGAUCCUUCAUUUCGAUAUCAAACCGCAUAAUAUUCUGCUUGACGACAACUUGAAUCCUAAGAUUUCAGAUUUUGGUAUGGCCAAAUUGUACUCCAAGGAUCGGAGCGCUGUUUCCAUGACAGCUGCUAGGGGUACAAUGGGCUACAUUGCACCUGAAGUGUUCUCCAGGAACUUUGGAAAUGUAUCCCAUAAAUCGGAUGUUUAUAGCUUUGGAAUGGUAAUACUUGAAAUGGUUGGAGGAAGGAAAAACGCUGAUUUUACUCCGGAGAAUGGUUGUCAGGUUUAUUUUCCGGAAUGGAUCUAUAAUCUGCUUGAGCAAGGAGAAGACCUGAGGCUACAUAUAGAAGAAGAGGAGGAUGCAGAAAUUGCCAAGAAACUUGCGAUUGUCGGACUCUGGUGCAUUCAGUGGCAUCCUGUUGAUCGUCCAUCAAUACAAUUUGUGGUUCAGAUGUUGGAAGGAGGAGAAAAUUUAACAGUUCCUCCAAAUCCAUUUGGCUCUACAGGUUCCAAAAUUAAUCUUGCAGUGCCUGGAAAACGACGGCAUCAGGAGUUAGAAGUGAUCCAAGAACUAGAAUAAACACUACAAUUUGUCUAAUGUUGCAGCAACUUAUUUUGUGAUUGUCUGAUUUGUGUAAUAAUUAGUUACGAGUCCAUAGACUAUUGUUCGUUUGAUCGUUAUAGCUAUCAUUCACUCUCUCAGAUUAUAUUUUAAUUUGUUAGUCGAAUAUGUAUUUGUUCAACUAGUCAGGAACUCCUAUUUUAUGCCUUUUAAGAGAAAUCAA